AUGACAGCUGCCGAGUUGGUUCUAAUUUCUCUCCUUUUUUUUCUCGAAGUUAAGGGAGACUGUCCUUCAGAGACUUGUCAGAAGAUUUCUCUUAAUGUGCAUCAAGAUUCUGAGCAAGACACAGAGUUUGUUGGCCAUGUUUUUCACAAUUCCAUCACGUUAAACCCAGUUCAAUGUUAUAUGUGGUGCAUACGCGACUGCCGAUGUUUGUCGAUAAACUACAAGGAAAAUCCACAGAAUGACACCAAGUAUUGCGAGUUGAAUGAAGGAAAUCAUUUCAUCAGCAAAAGUUCAUUGGUAAAGUCUUCAGGCUCAAGAUAUUUUGCUUUACGCAAGGAAUACAGUAAAGUUAAGACCCAAAGCAUCAUUUCUUCAUGCGCUUAUGACGUCACGUGUAACAACGGCUGCUGCAGGAACAAUCCGUGUCUCAAUGGAGGAACCUGCACUGAAAUCUGUGAACCCACCAGUGUUCGGUACAACUGCUCCUGUCCUGCACCGUUUGUUGGGAAACACUGCGAGAUUCAGCAGAAGAGAAGCUGUCAGGAUUACGAAGCAGCCGGGUCCACCGCCUCUGGAUUGUACACAGUUAACAAUGAUAAUAAUCAAACCUUCCAGGUGUUCUGUGAUUUUGAUUCAGAGCCUGGACUUGCUUGGAACCUGAUUGAGUCCUUUAGUUUAUCCAACAAACAUCGCUUUCAGCAGAAUAUCGUGUUUUACGACGAAUACCAAGCCAUCAGCGGUGACGAUCCAAAUUGGCAGGCCUACCUGAUUGAGAGACCUUACCUCCUUUGGCUCAGAGAUCACUCGACUCACUGGAGAGCUACUUGCCGAUACAACACAGAUGGCACCGUAUAUACAGAUUACCUGAGAGCCUCACUUGAAGACUUUGACAUCAUCAGAGACGUACCCACAAAAAUACAGACCUGUCGACCGUACGAAUAUGUCAACAUUCGAGGAAACGAGUGUGUGGAUUGCACUACGGCAACAUGGUAUAAGAAAGGAAUUCUCCCUUUUCAUAUAGACAGUUCCUGUACUAGUUGUGGCUGUGAUUUCGAUAGGAUAAAAACAGACGUGGCCAUUCCAAGCGAGGACAACUUUGGAUAUUACUUUAGUACAAAUCCCAAAUUCCGUUGUACCUCAAACCCAGCAGAUACGACUCAGUUCUGGAUCGGAGGCAAAUAG